AUGGAUGUGCCAUUCAUGCUAGUGGAAUCGUUUUCGGCCAAGGAAAUAAAGAAAACAAAGCCACGUUCAAGAGCAAUGAACGCUGCGACACCGGAAGAGUGGGAUGCCGCCUUGAAGGAUGCGAUCAAAGCAUCUGCCAUCCCGGCCAGAAAACUCGGGGCUACAAAGGAAAUGUGUGGGCAUGCGCUCGAGGAAGCUUUGCAAGCAUCAGCCCAAAAGCCCGUCAAACCGGUUCAAAGCCCAACCAAGAAGAGCCUUUGGUCGACUGCAAUUUCUCUUAUAAGACCAUCUGAGAAAUCCGCACCUCUCUGGUCUGUACAAAAAUCACAGGGUGCAAGUAAGGUAGCAAGCAUUACUCCCGUCGCUGAUCCGGCAUUCAAGAGGGCAUCGGUAAAGAUAUCCUCGGAGUUGCCAAAACUCGAUUCUACAAGCCUAUAA